GUGAAAAAAGACAUCGCCCGUUAUCCAAGCAAGAGCAUAUAUUCAGAAGACAAGAAACCCUGCUCACCGCACCAAGUAUUAACUUAUCAACAAGACUCCUAUCUGUAUGCCAGCCCAGACAUCCAGAAAGAGAACAAGUUCCUGAAUCCCCAUCAUCAUGAACUGGCACAUGAUCAUCUCAGGGCUUAUCGUAGUAGUGAUCAAAGUUGUUGGAAUGACCUUUUUUCUGCUGUAUUUCUCACAGAUUUUUGGGAGAAAUGACGAAAGCUUCUUUCCUACAAGGAGUUAUGGAACAGCCUGUCCCAAAGACUGGGAUUUUCACCUAGGAAGAUGCUUUUUCUUCUCCACCUCCGAAUCAUCUUGGAAAGCCAGCAGGGAUUAUUGUGCAACACAGGGAUCCACACUGGCAAUUGUCGACACUCCAGAGAAACUGAAGUUUCUUCAGGACAUAGCUGGUGAUGAGAAUUACUUUAUUGGUUUAAUACGUCGGCCUGGAGAGAAAAAGUGGCGCUGGGUCAACAACUCUGUGUUCAAUGGCAAUGUUACCAAUCAGGAUCAGAACUUCGACUGUGUCACUAUAGGUCUGACAAAGACGUUUGAUGCUGCAUCGUGUGACGUCAGCUAUCGCUGGAUCUGCGAGGGGACUCCCAAAUGAUCAUAGAUCUCUACAAGAGUGAUCUUCACAGAGCCAACAAAAGAGAUUAGUUGUGAAGGAAACCAGUCCAGGAAAUAUAGCGCAUCAAAGACUGUGCCAAUCUUCAUUAGGUGGAGGUCCCUAAGGAAUCCUCAAAGUCAAUAUGUUACUCCCUUUUACAAACAUCUUCACAUGGUAAAACUCUUUUUCUG